UUCGCCAACUUGUCACAAUCGUUUUAUUUUUAUACGAAAUUGCUAUCAAUUUGUAUUCAAACAAAUAUUUAGCUCAUAAAAAGUCGUCUGAAAAUCAUUCCAAACCAAUUUAAAUACUAGUAUCAAUAAUAUGGAGGACAAAGCCUUUACAUGGACAUCUGACCUCAAUAAGAGACUGUUACAGCUACGUUUUGAGAAUGACUGGCUUUUUAAAAGCAAAAAGCAACCUUGGAGUGAGUUUCGCAAAUUACUGUUAGACAAUGGAUUUCCUAGUGAAAUGACCAUUGACCAUGUCAGAAAGAAAUGGUCUUACACAUAUGAUAUGUACAAGAUAGCAAAGAAAACAAAUAACAAGGCUUGGAAAUAUUUCAAAGUAUUUGAUAAACAUUUUGGUAAAAACGAAAUAUUGGAUAAGUAUGAAUCAUGGAGUGAUGAAUGGCGGCUAAAAUUAAUAAUCUGUGUGACAGAGUCUAAGGAAAUGAAGCUAGAGCCACUGACUAUGUGGAGGACAGUAGAAAGAGCCAUGCGAUGUCAAGAUCUGCCUCUAGACUGUUGUGUGCAAGACAUGAAGGGAUUGUGGCAUCAUAUUAAAAUGACUUUUGGUAGAAAACAUCGUAUGAAACUAAAAAAGAGUUCUGAACGAAGCGAGUGGCCGUUGUACGACGCCAUGUUAACUUACUUCGAGAAGUUUGAACCCGAUGUCUUGACCAGGUUAGAAGCACAGGGCUCCUGUGGGUCCAGAAUACCCUGUGCCAGAUAUUUUAAACAUAAUAAGAAGAAUACUGAUAAAAAUGAAAGUGAAAAUGAAACUGAAUUUCAAUGGUCCAAGGAUAUCACAGAAACAUUUAUCCAGAUCAGAUUGCAACACGACUGGCUGUUCAGACAGAAAAAGUGGGCAUGGAAUGAGUUACUGAAAAUCAUGGUUGACGAAUAUGGAUUCCCUAAAACGUUGACAUCAAGAGAAUUGGGAAGGAAAUGGGCUGCGACGUUUUCUGAAUAUCAAAAAGCGAAGGCGACGAACAAUAAGACUUGGGUUUACCACAACCUAUUCGAGUUGUACUUGGGUGAAUCUUCUAACCUCAGCUUAAAUCCGCUUGUUGACUGGCAAGAAGAAUGGGUGUUCAACUUAAUCAGCGCUCGCACAGACUUGGAACAUACGUUCAGAACUUUUAAAGAUCCUCUUCAUGGAUGGCGCGAGGUUGAGAAAAUGUUACGAAGUAUUGGAAUACCUUUGGACCACAGUUUACUUGAUUUGCAAGAAAUUUGGCUACAUCUAAUGAAAACGUUUAAGUGGAAAACAAAAUUCGCAAAUAAAGGCAUCCUAAACGAACAGUGGCCUUAUUUCGAAGCUAUGAGUCGAUAUUCAGAGAUACAAGAGAAAAAUGCCAUCAAAAAGCAGAAAAUUGAAGAGACUGAUAAUUACGCUGAUGCUACAAAUGACGAUGAUUUCGAAGAUGAUAUGAAGUUAUUGGACUUAAAGCAAAGGUUGCAGCUUCAAGUGAAGCCUAAGUUUGAAGAAGAAGACGAUUCUGACCGAUGUCGGUCGUGCUCCAAUCUGACAGCUUCUAUAGACAUAUUCGAACAAAAAGAUGACGACGGAUUUGAUGUCGCUCACAAGCUAAAACUUAUAGGCGGAAUUGAGAUCGAAAAAACAGAUAAUCUACCCACUCACAUAUGCCUAAGCUGUCUCGAAAUACUAGAAAACGCUUACAAAUUCAGACGGAAAUGUCAAGAUAUUGAUAAAAUGCUCCGCGGUACGGCACGACGUAUCAAAGUAGAAGUGCUUGAUAAACAUGACCUUAAUGAAACACACAAUGAUGACAAAGGAGACGACAAUCAUGAUGUAGAUGAAGUUGAAAUUACCUUCGGACAGAUAUCCGGUGACAUGGCUGAACAAUCAGAAAACGAAGCAAAACCCAAAAGGCUCUGGUGGCUCGCCGUGGCGCUUCUGUUGUGGGCACCACGCACACAAUGCCGAGAAAUCACACACGAAGACAUAAAAGAAGCGAUGCUAUCAUUGGUCCACAUGAUCAGAAUGUCAGAGGACAAACUAGAAAGGCAUGAGUUUAGAGAAAAAGCGCUUGGAGAGCAAGUUAAGAAAAUGCUAGGAAACCUAGACAAGAAGCAUAGAGCCUUAGAGCCGUUGAAAGGCAUGAUCUCAAGGCUAGAUGAGCGGCUGUCGAAUGUAGAAACUAUACUGUUACAGAAAGAAGAAAGAGAAAAAGCCUCUCAGAACAAAAUUAAUGAGGUGCUUGCAAAUAUAGAGAAGGCUCUUGUGGCACUGGCACCCGAAACCUCGUCUCGAGGAGAUUUAGACAACAGCUUGUCAGGCACCAGUGACACUGUAUUGAGAAGGCUUGAUGCUACUGACGCCAAGAUUGAAGCUGUAAAGACAGAAAUAAAGGGUCUAAAGAGUAGCUUAAGUCCCGACUCGCUCCGUGCCAUGUGUUUGGAAGUAGGCUCUGAAAUGAAUCCCUUCGAGAAGCACAUAACAGAAGCUGAGAAACUCCUCAAUAAGUAUGAAACAAAGUUGAACCAGUACAACGGUACUAAAGUGCAGACUGACUUCGUGCCGCUAAACGAAGUGUCGCUAGCUGAUGAAGCGUGGCAUAGCAAGAUGAGUGAAGUGAUGGAACGCCAGGAGAACGAAAUAAAGAAGAUUCAGCGUCUGCUGUCUGACGCGGAAAGCAUGUGGAAGGAUCUGCCUAGACUCGCUGACCUGCACCGCUCCACCAAUCAAACCAUGGAGUCCAUUAACAAAUCCACUGAAUCCCUACUCAUUAACAACGAAAUGGCUGUGACCAAAAUUGUAAACAAAUUCCGUGAAAUGGGUGAGCGGCUGGUGGCGACUAACGAGGACGUGCAGCGCAGCUUGACGCAGAGCAACACUAUGACUGAGCGGGCCUAUGCCGACAUCUCCAGGAGCUACGAUACCUUACGCACUGAGGUUCAACUGCUGUCAAAGAGCGAACGUAUGAUCGUGGACACUUCGGAUAACGUGGUGGCAAUUAAGAAACGAUUUGAGUACGGAGUCCAUCAGAUACUGAUGGAAGUCGGCGAACUCAUCAAACAACAACACAAGACUAUGAACAAAACCGUCAAUGUCAAGUUAGAAAACAUUGAAACGGCAAUAACCAAAAAACAGACUGUAGCGCUCAAUGCAUUAGGAUCGAAGAUCGAAUCUGAGAUGUCACAAGUAUGGCGGCAAAUCGGCAUUAUGCACCAGCAGAUCAUGAUGAGCAGCCAGGCAUUGAACAAACUUUCAGCAUUCUCAGAGGAGUACGUCAAUGCUAGUACACCGAAAAUGGAUAAAAUGAAAAAGGAGAUGGACGGCAUCACUACACGCAUUGUCGAGUUAGGAACCAACCUUAACUUCGUGAUUGGGGAACUUUCGGUGGCGACGCGCGAAUUCCGACAAAUGGCCCUCGGUCUCACGAAAGUUCUCAACCAGUCUACUAAGUCCACAACGGCUUCACCUACCACUAAAGACGCCGGACCUGGCCCCCACAAAAUUGAAAGCGAAGAGAAAUUACCAUAAACAACUGAUACCAAAUAACAUAGAAUAAGAAAUAGUUAAUUAACAAUAAAAUAAGUUCUUACCGCAUAGAUAUUAAUCGUAAGUCGAC